UAAACUAAGCCUUUAACUUAUUGCACCAGUGCAACAGUGCAGCUAGAAAGAACAGACCAUAUGACAAAUACAACCUGGGAGUUUUAAAUAUCAUGAGGUUAUGUUCAGAUGUGUGCGCAGUAUGUAGAGCUUGGUGUUGAUUUAAUUCCAAAAACACCGUCCACAAGAUCAAAAAUGAAAUUAAAAAAACAAAAUUGUGCUCAUUUUGUGGAAGAUGUCAAUAAUGUUACUCCUAAGGUUUACAGACCUAGAUCGAAAUAUGUAUCUUCCUCUGUAAAUAAAGAAUCAAAAAAAGAUAAUGUAUAUAAAUCACAAAGUAACAAAAUACAUUUUGAGACAAAAAAAAAUGUUUUACUCGAAGAUACUCUUAAAAAAUUGAAAGUUGAGAAAAGUUGCAAGACUAUUUUAACUGUGUCUAAUAAAUGUGAAUCAAUGUGCAAAGAUGAGAGUAAGAAUAAAACUGGUAAGAUUGAAGUUGUGCACAAAGUUAAUAAACAUUUAUCUGAAAAAACUAAUCAAAGGAACCCUGAUGCUAUUGAAUCAUCAGUGGUAUGGAAUGGUUUGAGUACUCCAAAGGUUCAUGUGUUGUUGAAACAAGGUUCUUUGACACCAUCCAUGAAAAUAAGAACUGAUAUUUUAGCUAAACCAAUCACAGCAUUGCAAGAAAUCAGAACUAGAUUGCACGUUAGUGCAGUGCCUAAAUCACUGCCUUGCAGAGAGGAAGAGUUUAAUAACAUUUAUACAUUUAUAGAAAGCAAGCUAAUGGACAAAAGCGGAGGGAGCAUUUAUAUAAACGGUGUACCAGGUACAGGAAAAACUGCUACCAUAAAUGAAGUUGUCAAAUGUUUAAAGAGAUCUGUGGAGAAAGAUAAACUAGAUUAUUUUAAUUUUGUUGAAAUUAAUGGGAUGAAAUUAUCUGAGCCUAGACAGGCCUAUGUGCAGAUUCUGAAGCAAUUAUCUGGUAAAAUUCUAAUAUGGGAACAAGCAUAUAAUAUAUUAGAAAAGAAAUUUAAUAACAAUACUAAGAGGCCAAUGACAUUGCUACUUGUAGAUGAGCUUGAUUUAUUAUGUACAAAACGACAGGAUGUAAUAUAUAAUCUAUUGGACUGGCCUACAAAAGCUUCUGCUCGAUUAGUAGUUGUUACAAUUGCCAAUACUAUGGAUCUUCCAGAAAGAGUUUUAAUGAAUAGAGUUACGUCGCGAUUAGGUCUUACCCGAAUAACUUUCGAACCAUAUAAUUAUAAACAAUUAUAUGAGAUAGUAUUAACCAGGCUUAAAAACACCGACAUUUUUGAAAACGAAAUUAUACAAUUGAUUGCACGUAAGGUGUCCGCAGUAUCAGGCGACGCUCGUCGCGCUUUGGACAUUUGUCGUAGAGUGGCAGAAAUUAACGAAACACGCAAUAAUAGUACAGUGAGUGUACAAGAUGUAAAUGACGCUCUGUCAGAGAUGAUAAUAAAUCCAAAAAUUCAAGCGAUAAAACAUUGUUCAAAAUUUGAGCAAAUAUUCUUGCAAGCUGUAUGUGUAGAAGUCAAACGUAUUGAUGUGGAAGAAGUUUGUUUCAUAAAUGUUUAUAGGCAGUUUGACUCUUUAUGUUCUUUCGAUGGUUACAGAGCUCCUAAUAUUUCUCAAACUCUUGAUAUUUGUGCAAACUUGGCUGAUUAUAGACUAUUGAUAUGUGAAUGUUUAGGAAGCGAUAUACAUCAAAAAAUUCUAUUGAAUAUAUCAAAGGACGAGAUGCAUUAUGCAUUGCAGAAAGUUGAUUCCGAUUAAAAGGUAUUUAAGAUUUGAAUAAAUAUCCUUGAUUUGUUACUAAUUUAAUUUAUAUUAGUUUAACUUUAUUAUGUAAAGAACUUGUGUGAAUAAAUCUUGACAAAUUAUAACAUUAAAAGGAGGAUGUUAAAAACGGUCGAUUUUCCGACUACAAAAGGAAUGGGUUUAUAAUAAUUAAUGUUUUUAUAAUAAUUAUAAGAA